AUGAAGCAGCCUCCUGGGUUCAUUGAUUCCACCUAUCAAACUCAUGUAUGUCGUCUCAAAAAGGCUUUGUAUGGUUUGAAGCUAGCCCCAAGAGCUUGGUUUCAACGUCCUAGCUCCUUUCUUCUUCAAGUUGGGUUCACGUUUAGUCGUGCUGAUCCGUCCCUCUUCAUGCUUAAGCAAGGUUCUUAUCUUCUUUUUCUUCUGGUUUAUGUCGACGAUAUCAUUCUCACCGGUAAUAAUAGCGAGACUAUUAGUACAUUUAUUACUCGUCUUCAUAAAGAAUUUGCUAUUAAAGAUUUGGGUCGGUUAAGCUAUUUCUUGGGUAUUGAUGUGCUUUAUACUUCCGAUGGAUUAUUUCUUACUCAAACGAAGUAUGCACUGGAUAUACUAGCUCGUGCCGGUUUGUUGGAUGGGAAACCGGUUUACACUCCUCUUGCCACUUUUGAACCACUUAUUGCUUCUGGAGAAUCAUUUCAUAAUCCAACUCUCUAUCGUUCUUUGGUUGGUGCCUUGCAGUACUUAACGAUUACUCACCCUGACCUUUCUUAUGCUAUCAACCAGGUCAGUCAAUUUCUGCAUGCACCAACCAUGGCUCACUUCCAAGCUGUAAAACACAUUCUACGGUAUGUCAGGGGCACUGUGGCAUAUGGUCUUACUUACAAGAGGUCACCCACUAUUCCUCUUGUUGCUUACUCUGAUGCAGACUGGGCUCGAUGUACUGACACUCGACGUUCCACGUAUGGCUAUUCGAUCUUUCUUGGUGGUAAUCUUGUCUCUUGGAGUGCUAAAAAGCAACCUACUGUGUCUCGUUUGAGUCGUGAGUCUGAAUAUCGAGCUAUAGCAAACACGGCAUCUGAAGUUAUUUGGAUUACUCAUCUCUUGCGUGAGCUUCAUAUCCCUAUUUCUUCACUGCCUUUAUUAUAUUCGGACAACAAGAGUGCCAUUUUUCUGAGUCAAAACCCAGUUGCUCAUAAACGUGCUAAACACAUUGAUCUUGACUAUCAUUUCGUGAGAGAGUUGGUUACUUCUGGCAAAUUGCACACUCGGUUUAUUCCUACUACACAGAUGGUGGCAGAUCUUUUUACCAAAAGCCUUCCUCGUCCUCUCUUUGAAUAUUUUCGCUCCAAGCUGUGUGUUGGACCACCACCUUCCAGCUUGACGGGGGCCAAAUACUCAACAAAUAAACCUAAGAGCUCCCAUCAAAACCCAUUUGUGAUCAUUGGGUUGCCAGUGAUUGCAGCAGGGCUUAUCAUUUCUGUGUUCAUCUGUUGCUACAUAAGGAAAAAGAAAGCCAAUCAAAGUAAACACGAAAUCCUAUUAGGUUUUAGUGAUAGCUUGAAAUCUGUGGAGGGUUCUUUCAUGAAGAAGGAUUUUGGAGAAAACGUUGAUUUACAUGUGUUCGAUCUGAGCACAAUAGUUGCAGCAACCGAUAAUUUUUCUUUUUCAAACAAACUAGGAGAGGGUGGCUUUGGCUCAGUUUAUAAGGGUAAGCUACUUAAUGGACAAGAAAUAGCUGUCAAAAGAUUAUCGCAAGGUUCAGGUCAGGGGAUGCAUGAAUUCACGAACGAAGUGACAUUGAUAGCAAAACUUCAACAUAGGAAUCUUGUAAGGCUUUUGGGAUAUUGUUUUCAUAAAGAAGAAAAGAUGUUAAUCUACGAAUACUUACCAAACAAAGGCUUGGACUCUUUCAUCUUCGAUCAAGAAAAAGGGUGUCUUUUGGAUUGGAAAAAACGGUUUUUGAUCAUUCGGGGAAUCGUUCGUGGAUUGCUAUAUCUUCAUCAGGAUUCUAGGCUCAGGAUCAUCCACAGAGAUCUGAAAGCAAGCAAUGUUUUGCUAGAUGCAGAUUUAAACCCUAAAAUUUCAGAUUUUGGAAUGGCAAAAAUAUUUGGAAGUGAUCAAGACCAAGCUAUAACACGUAGAGUUGUUGGAACAUAUGGCUAUAUGUCUCCGGAGUAUGCAAUGGAAGGUCUUUUCUCAGUGAAAUCCGAUGUCUAUAGCUUUGGAAUUCUAGUUUUGGAGAUUAUCAGUGGAAGGAAGAACAACAGCUACUAUCUAGAGAACUCAGUUAAUUUGGUCGGACAUGUUUGGGAUUUAUGGAAACAAGAUAAAGCAUUAACGGUGGUCGAUUCAUCAUUAGGAGAUGCAUAUGAUGCUCGUGAAAUUCUAUUAUGUAUACAUGUUGGGAUCCUGUGCGUUCAAGAAUCAUCAACUGAUCGGCCAACAAUGACAGAUGUAGCAUUUAUGUUAAGUAAUCGUGAGACAAAACUCCCUACUCCUAAUCAACCAGCAUAUAUCUUUAGACAAUUGAAUUAUGGUACAGAUUCAACAACAGCUUCGGCUAGCUGUGGAGAUGGGUCAGUCUAUGAUAGGAGCAUCACUACCGUUCAUGCUCGGUGAUCCUAUAAUCCAUUGAAUCAAUUACUUUGAACAUGAACUCAUGUCCAUUCCUAUAAAGUGUCAAGAAUCUAGUUGUGCAUUUUGUAAGUAGCAUUUGGAGAUACUUUCAACAUUAUAUAUAUGUAAUGGGUUUCAACUUAUUAUGGAGCGAUGCAACACUGUAGCUAAAGUUGUUGCAUUAUUAACUUGUAGGAUACAUGUAAAUAAGCAACUAGCUACUAUUACAAUCAUG